AUGACUAAUUUGAUGAUCCCUAUUACACUUGUACACCAGUAUGUCAAGUCAUUUGAUAUGCUUCGUGUUAAUAAAACUUUGACUAAAGUUCUUAUCACAGAUGAUUUCAUCAGUCCAUAUUCCUAUGCAUAUGGUUUGCAGCAACUAGUAGAUGCUCUAAGGCUUAAAAAAACAGUGCUUGAGUUAGCCCUUUGUGGCAAAACAUGCGACAACAAUGGAGCCAGGAUCUUGGCAGGCUACUUGAAUUGGAAUAAGACUUUGAGUGCCUUACAUCUGAUCCGGAGUGACAUUAGUGACGCAGGUGCCACAGCACUUGCAGACGUUUUAUGGACUAACACCACUUUAAAGGUUUUGGACCUUUGGAAAAACCCAGGCAUUGGUAAUCUUGGUGCUCUGUCACUGUGUGAGGCUCUGAAAAUCAACAAAACCCUUACCUUAUUAAAUUUGUCAGAAAGUAGAAUUGGUGAUGCGAGUGUUCAUUCUCUUGCAGAAGUUCUCAAAACUAACACCAGCCUAACCUCUUUGUCACUGUCAGAUAUCAAAAUAAGUCAACACAGCGUCAAGUCUAUUGCUGAGGUCUUGAGUGUCAACUCUACUUUGGAACACCUACAUUUUCAGGGAAACAAGGUUGGCACUGAUGGUGCCAGGUUGAUAACUGAAAGCCUUAAAGUCAAUUCCACCUUAACUAUCUAG